GCGUUUCAAAGUCGCAAUAUACCGUAAAACAACAACCCAAAGCACGUGCCGUUAUGGCAGGUGCCAUACCCUGGGAUAUUAACAUCUGCAGAUAUAGCCUUUGAAUACUUCAGCGAUUAAGUCAAGCUACAGUCUUAAAUAGGAGUAUGACAUGCACCAAAAUCGCCUGGCGCCUUUAGCCCAUGUCGCCUAUCAAACAAACUAAAGAAAUGAUAGAGUCUCAUGUGAGAAAAUCUCUUGGUAGAUUAAUUGAUGAAUGCAAGAACUUAAAACAUCUAAAACAAAUCCAUGCACACAUUUUAGUUUCUCCAAACUUACCCAUUCAUCAACAUUACUUUCUCAUUACUAGACUCCUUUUCAUCACCACCACUGUCUUCUCAUCUAAUGACUCUUACCAUUACGCAAUCAACAUUUUCAAUCACAUCGAAAAGCCUAAUCCGUUUGUAUACAACACUAUGAUUAGAGCUCAUAGUGGUAAUAUUCAUUCCGGGGUUGGAAAUUCAUGCAUGAUUCUAUACAAAGAAAUGCUUGAAAAUGGGAUUAAGCCUGAUUAUCUUACAUACCCUUUCUUAAUUAAGGGAUGUACUAAUCAGGUUGAUGAUAGAAUGGGUAGAAUUGUUCAUGGUCAUGUGUUUAAGAAUGGGUUUACUAUAGAUUUGUUUGUACAGAAUUCUGUUAUCAAUUUUUAUUCGAAAUUUGAGGAUUUGGGUAAUGCUGUAAAAGUGUUUGAUGAAAUGUUGCAUAGAGAUAUUGUUUCUUGGAACUCUCUGCUUUCUGGGUAUUUGCGUUGUGGAGAUUUGGAAUCUGCAUUGGGGGUGUUUAGGGUGAUGGAGGAGAGGAGUGUGUUUUCUUGGAAUUCGAUAAUUACCGGGUUUGUACAAGGAGGUAGGGCAAUUGAGGCUUUGGAGUUUUUUCAUGAAAUGCAGGUUCUGGGAGAAGAUAGGGUAAGUCCAGAUGAGGUAACAAUUGCUAGUGUUAUUUCGGCUUGUGCUUCUAUUGGUGCGCUAGAUCAGGGGAAAUGGGUGCACAGUUACUUGAAAAGGAGUGGGUUAGAGAGUGAUAUCGUGAUUAGAACUGCACUUGUGGAUAUGUAUGGAAAAUGUGGUUGUUUAGAAAAUGCAGUUGCCAUCUUUAGAGAGAUGGGGGAAAAAGAUGUACUUGCAUGGACGGCUAUGAUUUCGGUGUUUGCUCUAUAUGGACUUGGGAAUGAAGCUUUUGAUCUAUUUGAAGAGAUGAAAAUGGAAGGGGUAAAGCCAAAUAAUGUUACGUUUGUUGGGUUGUUAUCAGCUUGUGCUCAUUCAGGGCUAGUAGAGAAGGGUCGGUGGUGUUUUGAGAUAAUGAGAGAAGUUUACUUCAUUAAGCCACAGGUUCAACAUUAUGCUUGCAUGGUUGAUUUACUUGGUCGAGCUGCACUGUUUGAAGAGGCCGAGGAUAUUAUUAGAAGCAUGCCAAUGGAACCAGAUGUCUAUGUUUGGGGUGCGUUGCUUGGAAGUUGCCGGAUGCAUGGAAAUGUAGAGUUAGGAGAGAGGGUUUCUUCGUAUCUUAUUAAGAUGGAGCCUCAAAACCAUGCUUUUUAUGUGGUCUUGUCUGACAUAUAUGCAAAAGCUCAUAGGUUCGAUGAUGUCAAACGCAUUAGAGUCGCUAUGGAGGAGAGAGGGAUUAAAAAGAUAGUACCUGGUUGUAGUAAGAUCGAAAUAGAUGGCAGCAUUCAUGAAUUCUCAGUGCGUGGAUGUCCUGUAACUAUGAUGAAGGAGAUAGAAAUGGUUCUUACUGGAGUGAUGACUGGUGAGAUUUGAGAUGAUAUGAAUCGGUUUUUUGCGACUGAAAGAACUUUCUUUCCCAAAAAUCAGUGGUAGCCAAUAUAUCUACUGUCAAAAAUCUGUUAUCACCUGAGGAUGCCGAACUCCUAAUAAAAAAAGGUAACAGCUUCAUCAGCAAUUAAAAUUUGAGGAAAAUUCUGUCUAUAAAGGAGAAGUCGAUUUUGUCAACACCCGGUCAGUUCACAUGUACUCAUUCCUUUCUAGGAUUACAAUUAAAAAGACGGAAAAUACAAAUGACAAAGAUUAAUGACAUCAACUUAUUGAUGAUCCUACAUUAUGUGGUGCAACAUAUCAGACUCAAACCCUAGAAAAUGCAUUAAGAUGGAGGCCUCCUUUCAUGUGAAGUGUCAACAUGGUCCUGUAUGUAUGUCACUUGUUUGUUUUCAUCCUCUAGUUUUAACCUAAAGCAGUAAAGAAGAACCAUGGCGAUUAUCUUCAUCUGCCGAUAAGCGAUACCCCACCACCCACACCC